GUUUACAUACAAUAAAAUCAUUUUAUGAAAAAACAGAAAAAAAAGUGACAAAUUGUACCGAUUUACAUAAGAUAAAUAAAACAUAUAUUUACCAAUGAAAUUUGUUAUUGGUAUUUAUUAUACACUGGUUAAAAUUUAACCAAUCAAAUAGAAGUUAUAUUUUUCAACCAUUCAUAAAUGUCAUUAUUAAAUAUAAUUAAUUCACCUUCAAUUAUUAAUCAUUGAUUCUCAUUUGUUACUGUAAUUUUCAAUUUAUAUCAUUAAUAAAAACUAAAUAAAAAAACAAACAAUGAAAAUCUUAAAAUAAAUUAAUUUAUUUUAUUUAUCUUUUAAAACAAAAAAAAAACAAAAGCAAAAGUGAAUAAAUAAACGUAUAUGGAUAUAAUAGUAAACUUUUUAAAUGCAAAAUACAUAUCUAAUGGAAAUAACUGUGAUAAUUUUGAUCAAAUUUACUUCUGCUGAAUUAAAAGAUCAUAUAAUACUUUGGGAUGCAAGUAAUUGGAGGUUCAAAGAAAAUCAAAAUGAUAUUUAUGCUACCGAGGGUGACAACUUAAUAUUUAUCUGUCCAAAAAAUCGAACAUUUUCUCAAAAUCUGUAUUGGACAGAUGAUCCACGUGUAAAAUUAAAAUGUAAUAAAACAUUACCUAUUAAAGUUAUUAAACUUUUGGAUUGUUUUGGAAACAAGUCAGUUACAGAAUUCGUUCUUAAAGUUAGCCGUUUCCCAGAAAUCGCAUCACUACCAAGUUUUCAUUCAGAAAUUCCCGUUUAUUUCGUAGCUCAGUCCGUGAUAUGUCAACAGAAUAAUUUUCGUUUAAGUGUUAAACUAGUGUCUGGUAAUAAGACAGUUAUUACCAAUCAUAUUGUUACUACUAAAGAAAUGCAAACAAAGAAACAUUCCAGAAAAGUUGAUUUAUUCUCAAAUACAUCAAUUUCUCCUCAAUUAAAAAAAACACAAAUUCAACAUUAUUUAAAUAAUUCAACAAAUAUACUUUGGGCUCAAGAAUAUAAUACAAAACAAAAAUUAAAUUGGAUUGAAUAUAGACUUUUACUAUUACCAGCUACAUUAGCAUUUUUUACAUUAAUUGGUAUACAAAUUGUUUUAUGUGGAUUUUGGUUUUCGAAUUCAAUUACUCAAAAAUUAAUUCGAUGUUUUAAAAAAUAUAAAUAUAAACAUAAUUUAAAAUUACAAACAAAUAACAUGUAUAAUAAUAAACAAAUAGAAAGACAAUUAAAUAAAUAUAAUACAAUUCAAUCAAAUUAUGAUAUACAUAAAUUACCUAUACCUAAAUAUGAAACAAAAUCUAAUAUCAAUUCAUGUUAUAAAUCAAAAACUUCAUUAUUAAUAAAUAAAUAUAAUUUGAAAAAUAAAGAGAAACAACAAAAUUAUAUAAAUUCUAAUUGGUUAAUACAUUUUAAUCAAUUAGAUAAUUAUGUAUCAUUAUAUAAAUUUAAUGAUUAUCAAUAUAAACAAAAUAAUAUGGAAAAAUUAAUGAAUUUACAAAACACUUUAAUUUAUCAAAACAUUCCAGAUACUUCAACUAUAUUAUGUAAUUGUAUAAAUCAAUCAAAUCAUAUAAAACCUAUACCAAAUCAAGAAUUAUUAAUACCCGUAUCAAUUUAUUUAAAUAAAAAUAUAAUAGAAGACUGAAAUUCUUUUUUUUAAUUUUUUAAAAAAAAACAAGUAAACGACUUCUUUCUGAAGAAUUUCCGAGUGUAUUAAAUAGAGAAUGAUAAUUUCACUCUUUUACAAAUUUGUUUUCCAUUAAUAAUACUUCAUCAAUAUUAUUAGUAUUAUUGUUAUUAAUAUUUCAUGACAAAACUAUCCAUUUAUGAAUUAUACAUUAUAAUAAAACAGAAAAGAUAAGAUUAAGAUUGAAAUAUCGAUUUCAGUUUGUUCCUUAAAUAUUGAAAAAAAGAUUGAUAUUCCUGAAAACAAUUUUAUUCCUUAUUGUAUAUACUACUUAAUUCAGUAGAAUCAAAUUGAUCAAACAAACAGAAUGCAAUUAAUUGAAUUCAAUGUAUUUCUGUAAAACAAAAAAUAGAUGAAUUUAUUGAUUAUUAUUGCUUAUUUAUAUGAUAAUUUAAUAUUUGACAUGAAUGAAUAUUAUGUAAAUCAAAUAAAAACAAAAAUAAAUGAAACAAAUCAUAUUUCAUAUUAAUAAUUUCAAUUAUAUUCUGAUUUUUUCUCUUUAGUUGUUUGUUUUUGUUCGUUUGUUGAUUUUGUUCUUCUAUUUGUAAUAAAUAGUUGCUAGAUUGCAACAAAACAAAAAAACAGAAAAAAAACACAUGAACUUCUUAACGAAUGAAUUAUUUCUGAUUAAAUGUCAUACAUAAUCUGGAUAAUAUAAAAGUUCAUUAUAAGUUUAAGCUAAAAAAAAUAAUGUUAUCUUUCAUGACAAUGUAAAUGAUGUACAGAAAGAAAAACAAAAUGAAAGAAAAGAAAAAAUAAAUAAAACUUCAUCAGUAGAUAAAAUAAAAGCAAAUAUAUUAAUGUGAUAAUCAUUCCAGUUUGAUAUUUUCUUUAUAAUUUAUGUGAAAGAUGAAAAAAAGUUAUUAAGUAUAAUUCUUGAUUUUAUCAAA